GAUUUUUGUAAACAAUGUGCUUGUGAUUGCACGCAAAACACAUCGCUCCGAUUGAAUUUCGUAAAAAAAAACACAAAAUGCACAGCACACCAGAAAAAAAUGCACUGAAUACGAGCUCCUUUUCACCAGUUCGAUUCACCGACAGUCCGUCACACGUAAAAUCGAUGAAAAGUGAUAACAUUGGAAUUCGCCAACGAUUGAAAGCCACCGCAAAGACGCUCGUUGAAAAUCAUCGCAAAUGGGAUGCAGCACAUCGCCGUGGCAGUACAUUGUGCAGAUCGAUUGAAAAGUGUAAAUCGAAUGCAAUCAAAACAUUCAACGACAAUGACACAAAUGCCGCCGACAAAACACUGUAUCCAACGGAGUUGAAGCCGAUUUGUGAUAAAUUGCAAGUGAUUACGACGAUAUUUGAGGAUGUGCGAAACAGUGCGAAUGAAUCUCGACGUCAAAUAGUCUCGUUCAUCAAACUCGGUUCAACGAAUGUGUUCGUCGACAGUCCGUUGGUGUUUCACACAUGGAAUUGCUCAACGCUGCAAGACGCUAUCGAUCGAAUUUGUGAUGCAUACGAAAAGGAGUACGAAAUGAAAGUAAAAGUGAUGGAAAAUGUCGCCCACUCACGCAACGACGAUGAAUUGGCGAUGCAUUUAGCCGUAUGGGAAUAUCAAACGCAUGUCGAUUCUAGUGUGGAAAUUCUUGUCAAAGCACUAAUCACCGAAGCUGAUAUUGAACUUGACGACAAAACAUGAGUGAAUAAUUACAUUUUAAUCGUUAUUCGAUUUGAAUAAAUUAAUAAAAUCCAAACGACACAGAACACAAAAAAACUACUAGUCUUUUGCACUUGUUCCAUAAUUGACAUUGAAUAUUCAACGAUCUGUUGGAAAUCUUAUAUAAUUUAGUUCAUGAUUUUUGUUCUUUGGCUUGUAUGCAAUCAAUUUGCAUCAUCAAUUGACGUCUGUAGGCUUUAAUUGAAUCGUAUGCCUUCUGCCACUGACUGCGACUCGUUGCCGGGAGUCAGUAUUGAUUGGAUGUUGAACGGGACGGGACGGGACGGGACGCAUAGCAAAGCGAUAGACAAUUAAUUUCGAUUUGUGCGACGAACUCCGAACACGAUAAAUACGAAUCGGUUGGUUGGACGGUUGAUCGGGCGGGAAUGAUUUGAAUAAUAAAUAUUGUAGUUGAAAAAGCAGUUCUAAACUUGUUCGCAGCUGUCAACGUUUUAGUUGGUUUUGGUUUGAUGUGGUGAAAUCCGUGGGCCGCUCUAGCAUGUAAAGUCAAAAAAGAAGUGCCAUAGAGCAAUUAUGCGCUAGGUCUAAUUGAUUCGAAUUGAUCGUGUAUAGUGGCGAUGGCAUUUUGUCAAUAGAACGCUCGCUCAUAUUUUUGAAUUGGUUUACGCACGCGCGCUUCGGCGCGCACUAGGGUCAUCGGCGAGUUCAAAUUGUGCCCACGGAAGCGUGCCUUUUUAAGAGAAAUUUACGAACAAAACUUAAUUGGCUGUAAAGUUUGUAGUUUUUUCAUUUCAUUCAUUUAUUUCAGGAUUUUUCUUGUUAUCAAAUACACAAAUAUAGCUUUUUUUUUAAAUUUUAUUAGAUUGUUUUCUCUCGUCCGUAAAUAUUGUUACAGUCUAAUUUUAUACUUAACCUAAUAAAUUUAUCACAAUUUGGCACAAACAUUCAUUCUUCGAAUUUUGGUUCUCUCACUUACACUAUUUUAUCUGUAUCUCUUUUUCUCUUCAUUCAUUAAAUUCUCGUCUAACUAUUUAAUGACUAAUAUAAAUACAUGUAUUUGUGUUGCUGCUGCUUGCUUUUCAUCUCAUUGUUGUGUGUGUCUUUUUCUCUAUUUUUACAAUGUUUCUUUUUUUAUAUACGUAACACACGUUGCGUGCAACAGUUUGCCUUUCAAUCUCAUUAAAUCUAAUUGAAUUGAAUGAAGAGAGAAAAAAACUCAACGAAAUAGUAGCUCGAAACUUGUGACAAUAGCAUGACUUGUGUGAUUGAGAAAACAAAAAAUCACAAAUUUAUAAAGAAAAGCGAGCGAGCGCAAGCGCUGGCACGACUCACGAUCGGCGCGCACAGAAAGUGAAUCUGUUCUUGUGAAUUGAGCGCAAUUUUGUGUGAUGUGCAGUUCAGCGUGUAAUUGAUUAUUAUGAUUGCCAAGAGAUUGGCGAGUUAGCAGAGCACCGAGCUCUUUUACUUUCUCGAUGGUUUAUUGGGCGACGGAUUUAUUUUUCUCGGUUUGUGUUUUUCAAGCGUAAUCGCUGAUUUGUUGUUCCAUGUCUUUCGCAACAAUUUUAUGCAGUUCGUGGUAUUAUCGUCGAUUUUAUGUGCUUCCACAAUGUGAGAAAAUGAAUGCCAUUGAAUUUCGAAGAAAAAAAAAAGUAAAAUAUCGUUGAAUAAUAUUAGAAAAUUGCUCAUUUGCAUGAAAACCUUUUCGCUGAAUUUUGAACUACUUCGCAUUUGUCGUUAUUUUUGAACAUUUUUGAUUUAAAUACUAAAUUUCGGUUCUACACGGGAAAAAACGAAAGCAUUUUAAAAUAAUUUUUAUAAUUUGAAUUGAAAUUCGUCGAAAGAAAAAUCAAAAAUUGAACUAAACAUUAAAUGAAACUGUUUUCGGAAGAAAAAAAAAUUGGAAAGCAUGGGAUUUAAUGGGACACAUGAGCAGAUGCCGUAAAAAGAAUGUCAGACAACGGUUGUUUGCCACGUUUCAAAAAUCGCGCAAAUACCCGAAUGCAAACACAACCAUCACACACUUGACUAUUGACCGUGCAUAGCAUUUUCUCUACACUUUCUUGUGUCCACACACGUAUUCAUCGACACACAGCGAACGUCCGAACAAACAAAUUCUUAUACGAAAUUCUUCUGGUCAGGCUCUGAUUGCCAAAAAUUUGGCGACGAUUUGAAAUGUACAAAGCGUCUUAAUGUACGAAAUAAAGUAGCAUGGGGGCGAGGUGUCGAUAAACUCAUAAACUCAUCAUGUGGCUGUCCAAUGCAGCCGUUUUCAGCACACACACACACAAGAGGACGUUGUGCGCAAAUAGUUUUCAUUAAGUAUUGUUUACGACUAGAAUUAACACAAAAAUAUUGAGUAAACACAUAAAUGAAAAAAUUAAAAUUUUACGCACGAAAAAAUGGUCGAUUUUAGAAUUUCGACUGCUGCAUGAUUUUUUUUUCGUUUUUUUUCGUUUUUUUUCGUUUUUGAAUUUCACAAUCAUCACAUGUAAACGUUGUGCGGUGGCGGCUACAGUUACUCAUUAUAUUCUUAAUACGGUUUUGGUCACACAAAACAAUGGCAUUGAAAAUGACCGUCAAUUUGGAGUGAAAUAAUGUGAAUGAUUUCACAUGGAACGCCAAUACACAAAACAAAAAAAAUUAAAUUCUCUUCCAAAUUUAAAUACAGCUCAUGAGUUUUUUGUUCUCGUCAAAUUUUUGUUUUUUCAUUAUAACCAUUGACGUUAAUCGACUUACAAACACUGAAUACCUAGCUGAAUACUAACAUCGUUUUUUUUUGCCUUACAAACGAAUAA